AUGCCAAAACAAAGAGGUUUUCGUCCUCAAGGGCUAAUAGCCCCGAUACAAAGAAUUAAAUAUAAUGGACCGACAAUAUUAGACAAGAUAAAUAGAGAGACAAGACCAACAUGGGAUGACUUAAAAGAUAGAAUUAAAAAUCAAGAAGGAAAUAGAAUGCUAGAAGAAUAUGAAAAUGCGAAAUACGUAGAAGAAUUAAAUAAAAAUAGAGAAGAAAAAAUAAAAGAACAAGAAAAAAGAUAUAUUAAAAAGUUGAAAAAGGAAUAUAAAAAAAAAUAUAAGAAAAAAAGUGAUGAUAGUAGCAUGGAAAGUUCAGAAGAUAACAUCUCAGAAAAAAAGAAAAGAAAAAGAAAAAGGAAAAAAAAAAAAGAUAGACAUUCUUAUUCUCAUAGUAGUGAUACAUUAUCCAGUAAUUCAGAUAAAAAAAAACACAAAAAACAAAAAAAAAAUGAUGAUAUAAAUCCAUAUAAAUUAUCAAGCUUUUUUAAAAUGAAAUAA